UUUAACUACGGACGGGACGCAGCAAGCCCAAUACCCACAGUUGGCGCCCAACGUGGUUUUUGCUCCCGCCCGCAGGAAUAGCACGGUGGACGUAGGUCCGGUCCCUUGUCUCGUUCGUUGAGUCUCGGUGUAGCGCAUUCUCGUGUGUGUUCUUUUGUGGCGCGGGUUUUCUUUUUUUCUCUUCAACGCGCAGGCAGACGGAAUGCAUCUCCGGUCCGGGACGAUCUUGCCUACCGGCGGCGAGCAGGAUUCUUCACACGAGCAGGCUGACCAGCUGCUGGCACAGCAGCUGAACACAUUUCAGCGUGUCGCUGAGUUGUGCAACGCGGUCAUGGACCGCAUGGACACUCGGGCCGGCGAACCACAUCCCCUACCUCCGGCCACGCUACCGACGUACACGGGUUACGACGACCCGAAAUCGGUGGCUGACUUCCUAGAGGAAAUGGACAGGUAUGUCAGAGCGACCGGUGCCUCGGAAGCGCACGUGAUGGCUCGAAUCCUGCCGUUGGCUUUACGGGAUGCCGCAGGACGGUGGUGGAGGCUACAAACGCCUUUCACCACUUGGGCAGAAUUUGAACAGCGCUUCCGAGAGGAAUUUCUGCCCCCUGGGUACGAGCUGCGAGUCCAGCGUGAGCUCGAACUAAGAACCCAGCAUCCGGACGAAAGUUUGCUCGAGUACGUCCGGACGAUGCAGGAACUGCAUCGCCGAGCAGCACCGACUGCCUCGGAAAGGGACCAAGUAGCUCGGGUCAUUCGACAGAGUCAUCCCAGAUUCAGGCCAUUUCUUUAUGGGCGCACAUUCGAAACCCUUGAGCACCUCGCACGGGAGGCCCGCGGUGUACAAGACGCCCUGUUAGCUGAGAGCACUUACGUGCCACCGCCAGCGCCGCAAUCUGCUCUUGAGCCGUCACUGGCUUGGCGCGCCCCCGUAGCCAGUCCCUCAUGCGACCUGACGAGCCCAGGCGCAUUCACGGCUAUCUCCUCCCGCGCCCUGGACCCCUUCGCACAUGAGCAAGGGCGGCGCGGGGCCCCUUUGAAUACCGUAUCAGGGGUAAGCUGUCCCUGGGAGCAAGUGUCCGCGGAGCAGCGUCAUAGUGCAGAGCGCUGGCUCCUUACUCGAGCCAUACAAGAGCAUAGUCGGUCGGACCCCCAGUCCCGAUACGCCAGAUUCACAAGUCCUGCGCGAGCCGACUGCGACAGGCGCUCCUGUUAUGGGUACUCCGGGGGCCACUCCGCCGAAAGGCGUGAUUUCAAUGAUAGGUUAACUGGCCAACGCAGACAUACGCAUGUCGUAUGCUACCAGUGCGGUCAAACUGGUCAUGUGAGGCGGCAAUGCCUUGCGCGGCGUAGCGCGAAUGCAGAGAGUUCGGGAAACCGCUUCGGCCGGCGACACUAACCACUGGCGGUGUGUCGCAGCCCACGGCCGUCAAUGCCAGGAGCGUGGAACGCUGUGCGGAGCGUGUAAUGGACGAACAUCAAGCUGGUGAGUCAGUCAUCGUUCCCUCUGUUUGCCGCGUAACGCAGGCGCAGUCUCCAGAACCGACGAUGAAAGUUAAAGCGCUGGGCAUUACCGUACCUGCUCUUCUUGAUACCGGUUCAGGAAUCUCGUUAAUCGGUGACGUGUUGCUAGAGAAGUGUAAAGCUAAAAAGAUGAAGUUUCGUAACUCAAAUGUUCAGUUGCGGAUGGCAUCAAGCCACGUAUCAAACGCUGAAGGUUGUGUUCGCUUACGGAUAAGCUUUAAUGGAAAAACGAAGCGCCAGCGAUUUGUUUGUUUGCCUGGCCUAUCAGUGGCAAUGCUUCUCGGUCGAGAUUUUCUUGCAGACGAGGGGCUCACACUCGACUUUCCUGCAAGAGGCUAC